AAUAAUCUCAACUGUGUUGAAUAUAAAUCUGGCAACGGUGAGAGUCGAGCCUUAAUGUAAACAUAACCUAAUCAGUAUGACUUCCCGCGAUUUUAUGAAAUAUUUAUUUGUAAUAAUGUUAGUAAUAUAUAUAUAUUAUCAUAGAAAAUAGCAAUAAACAUUAAUAUAAUGAAACAAUUAUAAUACAGUGCAACAGAAUGUGCAAUAGUGUGUGUGUAACACAGUGCAGUUGAAUUCUUUUAGAAAAACAUUAAUUACACAAUCUGUCAAUAAACUGCACUAUAAGACUUCUAAGCAUUGAGAGUUGAACUAUCGAUGCUUGCAAGAGGCGGUGUUGCCACGUUCACCGCAGCCAGUGCCGCGUCUCAAGUAGAGACUUGCCUCGCCGCAUGUAGCGUGUGUAGUGAUGUAUCAGGUUGCAUGACAUAUCGUUGAGGCAAUCGCUAUGAGUCUGCCGCGGACGGGAGACGGGAAUUUACCUCGAGACAGAUCUCAGCUUCUAUACGAGAGUAGCACGGAAGUAAGGUCGCGACGCCGUUGUUAAAACUUAAAACAUCUGUAACUUCUAGUAGCAACCUCUGUAAGAAGAUAUGAGUGCAAUAGAAAAUCACACAUUCUGGACAGAAUUUAUUGCAUUAUAUAAGAGUCUUCCUUGUUUGUGGGAUAUAAGGUCAAAAUCAUAUGUGGACAGAAAUUUAAGAAAUGAUGCAAUAGAUGUUUUGAUCGAAAAAUGUAAAGAAAUAAAUCCUUUGUCAGAUAAAGAUUUCGUUAAUAAAAAAAUACACAAUUUGCGGUGCAGUUUUAGAAGAGAAUUGAAAAAAGUCAAACAGUCGAGAUCAACAAAAAAUGUAUAUAUACCAAGCCUCUGGUACUUCGAUAUUUUAAGUUUUAUAACAGACUGUGAUCCAGGGAGAGAUACAGAAAACCUUAGUGAUGUUAGUAUUAAUUUGAAAACUGAAUGCAAUGAUAAUAUGGAACAAGACGAUGUCGAUACAGGAGGAAAUAUGUUAUCUUCAUCUCCGGAAGUAUCAACUAGAUUAAGUUCUUCUUUAUCAACAACUCCUUCAAUGACAAGAAACGUAUUUAAACGAAAAAGGAAGUGCAAAGAUAAGAAAAGUCAACCGGUUGAACUUGCUCAUAAAAUUUCAAAGGAUGCAAUAUCUAAUACACACGUCCGAGAAGAUAUUUUUGAUAUUACUGGAAAAAAGAUUGCCUGUGACCUUAGAGAAUUAAACGAGCAACAAAGAAUAAUAGCAGAGAAACUUAUCAAUGAUAUUAUAUAUUAUGCAAAAUUAGUGUCGAGUCUUGACCUAGCGGGAUCAUCCUGUUGCCAAGCCGCUGCGCCGUUCACCAGCGGUCAGCUCCUUCACCCCUGCUCCAAGGACAUAUCUUGCCACGAUUGCACUGCAACGAGGUGACUAAGGGUUGGUCGCUUUUAGGUAUAAGUUAGUCGCUUUUCGAACAUCACUAGUUUUUUUUCGUCUAUCACUCGUUGUCAUUUCGUUAGUCAGUUAGUCUUCGUAGUUAAUCACAUCUUUAAUUAGUUAGCAGUUCUAAUUUGUUUGUUGAAAAUACAUAGAUUUUAGUCUUCGAUACCAAGUGAUUCGUUGUGAAGGUUUUUUAUUAAACUGCACACCACGCGCAAAUUUUAAUAAACUUCGAACCAUCCGUUUCUAUCGACCACGGGCAAUAAAGAAAAUUAUAUGUAUGUUAAAAUAAUCAACAAUAGCAUGUAAAUUUAUUUUUACAAUUAAAUACGCGAUUUAUUAAUAAGUCGGUCGAUUAUUUAUACAAUUGUUUGAAAUAAUGUUAUUAAUC